AGCUUUAUUACAGCUGCUGAGUUGGUGGCUGGCUGAAUGCUUCAGGUAGCACUGCAGACAUCUGACUCUGGGCGGGUGAAGACGUGCAAGACUGCGCUUGAGCGAGCGGGACUGUUUGAUAAGGCUAGAGGCAUUGAGCGGACAGGCGAUGGGUUUCUGAUAUUCACGAGUAACACGGUAGAGAAUGAUGAUGGGGAUCACGAAGCCGGUUUGGCUGAUCUUUUGAGCAACCUGGACUUCUCGGUCGAGGUAGUCACAACCGAGUCUACGAAACAGAGCAAAGACCUGACCACCGACUCAAGUCUCAAAACAGCAGUCAGAAAGGUGCUGCUGGAUCUGCAAAAGACCGAACCGCAGCUGACCGCGGAGAUUGUUGAUGGCGCGCCGAAUCGGUAUUAUAUAUACGGUCAGCUACUUUUGAUCUCCUCCGGCGACUUUGAAAGUAUACCGGCAUGGCAGUCGCUAGCCGCCGCCGACGCCAGUUUUCCCGAGACGUUUUAUUCCAAACUGUGCGCGAACCUGAAAAUAAGCCACAUUGCACUGAACGCUCCAAUCUCGGGCGAUACCGAGAACGUGAUGCGGAAGCCGACCUCUCUAGUCUGUCUGCACGGCGAGUUUGGCGACGAGAUCAGCGACGCUACAAUUUCCUCGCCGCAGCCGACGCAUUUCGCGUCCGAGUUCUGGGCGACCACGCGCCAGAACGGAAUCACGCAGAUCUGGGCGCCGCGGUACACGAUGUUCAGCCGCGGGAACAUUAAAGAGAAAGCGCGCGUGCUCAAGUUUGCGGACGUGAGCGGCAAGACCAUCGUCGAUCUGUACGCGGGGAUCGGGUAUUUCACGUUCUCGUACGUGCAUGCUGGCGCGAGGCGCGUGUUGUGCUGGGAGAUUAAUCCGUGGAGUGUAGAGGGGCUGCUGCGGGGUGCGAGGGCGAAUAAAUGGAGCGUGCAGCUGGUUCGGCAUGAUGAGGAGUGGGUUAUAGACCCGUCGUCAACAAGUCGGAUUGUGGUCUUUCUCGAAAGCAAUGAGUACGCGGCCACGCGAUUGGAAACAGCAGCAGCUCGCUACGGCUACUCUCAUGAACUGACUCACGUAAACAUGGGUCUCUUGCCCUCGUCGGAGCAAAGCUGGCGAACGGCGGUGACGCUCGGCGUAGCAUCCACGUCGCCGUCGACGGUGUUGCAUGUCCACGCCAACGUCGCAGACGAACAGAUUCCGACCUGGCAGGAACAGACGAGGAAGGCGUUGGAGGGGUUAGUUCUAGAGAAGCUGAGCGUUGAGAGCGAGGAGGUUGCAAGGAUCAAAAGCUUUGCGCCUGGCGUUAUGCAUGUUUGUGGAGAUUUUAGGAUUAGAAAGUAAUUUUUCUACAAACACAAGUAAAUUCUGCUCACCUAUUACUAUUUACUGUAAAAAAUACCUUAUUAAUUGUAAUUAAACACCCCAGAGAAUGGAAGAUUACGAAAUGGCCUACGCGUCAGGUGUAUGUUU